CAAACAACAAAAGUGCACCGUGCGGUAGGCUGUCUCCUCCGCCUGGUUGUGUUUUGGAUGCACGUGGUCGUGUUUGGGGAGGUGUGUUGAGAGAAAAUUCUGACUAGCUUGGCUUUGUACAUUUGUCAUGCGUUGUGAGAGUGGCCUCAUGGAUGACUAAAGCAUCACAUCAGUGCUUUGGCCAACAUCAGGGCCACCGUGAAGGCCACGGCGAGGGCCACCAGGCGUCACCAGCCCGCCAGCCACAGGCUGGUGCGGGGCCGUGGACGUGUGCGUGCGUGUGUGUGUGUCGCAGUGUAACACCUACAGAGGCUCACCGUGACGUAAUUGUGGUGAUUCUUGUAAAGUGCUCCCAUAGAAGACCGUGCUGGAGCUGCUGCUACUUGACUGCCCUCCUCUUUUCACCUUCUGGCUCCAAAAUCUCACUUCGCCCCGUUCCCGCCACGCCCUGCCGUUCCCCGUGCUCCGAAUGCAAGGCGCUGUACUGCCAUUACCCAAGCAGCAGGGGCGGCCAUUACUACCUCAACGCAAGCAGUGGCAGCCGUGACCCAGUGGUGUGUGUGGUCUGGCGGAGUGUUUCCUCGUGCCCGCCACUGACGCCCUGCUGCUUCCGUGCUGGCACCUGGCUUGUUUUGUUGCCCCCAUCCCUCCCCGUCACCGCGCCUCCCCUCAGUGCCUCCUAAGACAGGCUGGGGUGGCUGGCGGUGGCUCGGGGAGGAGAAAGGGGAGGAGGAGGAGGAAACAGGCCGGGAAAGUUAAGGUAGAGGAGGAGGACGAGGACGACAAGGCGAUGCUGGGAUGAGGAACGCCCACUCCCAGCUGAUAUGGACCCCUGCAAGUGAACACAUGGAUUUGCGGAAGGAAGGAAGGAAGGAAGGAAGGAAGGGACACAAAGUAUUGGGCGAUCAUGACGCACGUAUGAGGGACAAAGGGAUGGAUACAGAAGCGUGCGCUUCGUGUGGCUGCAGCGAGGAGCGUGAGGUGUGGCUGUCAUCGCCUCUUCUACAUUCCCAAGGAAUACCUACAACGAGGCAGCUGUGUUCGCCGCGCCUGUGUGCACUCCCUGCAGGCCGUGCGGUGCAAGUCACGGUGACAUGUAAUGAGCCAAGUGUGGAAAUUGAGCUUGAUCCCUGCGCGACGAUCUGCCUCCUCUGUUGUGUUGGGGAAACUCACCAAGUGUUUGUCAGAGGGAACGUUCGGCGCCUUCACUUCUCACGUGCUUGCUGGAGACAGUCCGGUAUGCAGCAAUAAGACAGUUGGAAAAGGAGGUGGCUGCAGUUGAAGCUCCACCUUUCGCUCAUCCCUGAGUCAUGAACCAAUUUCUAAAGGCCUUCUAACAGUUAUCAAAAUUGUUGAUUACGGCGGUAAUUUUCGUUUCAUUUAAACACUGUGCUGUCACGAAUAUAACAGUAAUUGAUCUGUUGCGGCCUUGGUGAACACACACACACACACACACACACACACACACACACACACACACACACACACACACACACACACACACACUUGCCAUUCAAUAAACAUAGAUUCGAACCCGCCUUUAAUCAUACAGAUCGCAUGGCCUCCUCCGGUGCCAGGUACACGGACUUUAGAUACUGAGAGUUUACAAAGGCCAGCAAGGACUGGUGAUGUGACACUCAGUGGUCUCGUACUGCUUGUUUGCGUGAUGCGUUUUGUAGAAUAUGACGUCACUUCCAUGAGCGACUUAACAUCGUUAUAAACUACUUUUGCCUACUAUUAUUCACAUUAUUAUGCCCAAGGGAGGCAGACCAAGAGCAAAAGCAGUUACAAACAAAGGCCCGGUAAUUUCCCCUUUCUGAUAAACAAGGAGAAUAAAUUCCAAAGGGAGCCUCUUCAAAGGUUUGGAAGUGCCUUGAAACUCCUCAGGUCGUCAUGUUGUAGGAAGAGGAAAAUACAGAUUCAGGCGGAGUUGAAGAAUUUACCGGCAAAGAGGAAGAAAGAGUAAAGGUACUGGUUAACUCUUGCAUUAGGGAGGAGGACAGAAUAGAUUGGGCGGAGGAAAGGAAUGCAGUUAGUAAGUUCAAAAAACCAGUGAGCAUAAAAAGAAAAUGGCGGUAGAAGACAGGAAGAGAUGCAGCACUGCAGCGACGUAAGAGAGGUUGAAGAGAGUUAGUCGGAGGAGGAGCGUCCAUGAGGCAAAAAGCUUUCGACUAUCUGAUCAAGAACUGUGUAAGUGGAGUGUCCCCAGCGUCCACCUGUGAGAGGCAUAUGCUAUACAGGGGCGAAUAAGGGUCCUGCAUGGAGUAACUGUCGGAGAAGUUAGGAGACCUAACUUCUUAGAGGUUGUUUUGGCAAGAAAAAAGAUAUGAAAUUAUCAAUUAUAAUUUUUAGCGGGACAAACAAGAAUGUUUAAAGUGGAAGAGGGAGAAAAUUGUGUAAUCGAAGAACAAGGAAUAGUUGUCUGGAAGAUUUGUCGAGUUGAUAGUGGAGAUGCAUUGAAAGAAACAAGGUUUAUUCUGCCUCAUUCUGAAAUUAGAGAAAGAUUAGAAGUCCAGCGUUCUGUGACGUGUCUUCAAGAAUUUUGCAUUUUCUGCAGUGUUGGACGUCUGUAAAAUGACGUAGAAAAAUGCAAGAUAGUUAUCAACACAAGAGUGGAUUGGGGAAUGAGUAGAAUUAAAAUCAUUGAUGAAUAAUAGGAAAAGAGUUAGGGUAGGAGAGAUCCCUGUGUAAUACCACUGUCAGUAGUACUUAUGACAUUUUUAGUAACCAUAAGCGGUUUUAAUCAAUAAAGAUAAAAUUACAUACUCUAAAACAUU